AGUGUUUUUGAGUCACUUGUGAAAAAUCAGUCAUCGUGAGCAGUUCGACUAAGAAAAACUCCGCUAGCAAGCAAAGCAAAACCACUUAUCAAACAAAAACAAAUAACAGCUGGGCAGCAACGCGAAGCGCGUGUGCAAAAAGAAACGAGAAAACAUACACAAAAAAAGCACAAGAUAUAGAGAUACACAAAAAAAGAAGCAGCGGAAAAUUUUGGGGCCCAAACAAAGCCGAAGCUUUUACGUCGAGCGGUAUAUACAAAUACAAGAAAUUCCCAAAAAUCACAACGUGUUCGCCGGUCAAGAUGAGCGGUUCCGUUUUGAGUUUGGCGCGUCCUGCAGCAGCCACAAAUGGCCACCAUCUUCUAGCCAAACAGAUAAAUUGCAAUGGCAAUGGCACCUCGGGAGGAGCGGCCAAAACCACUGUGGCCUCGGCCAUAACACCACCCAAACAGCCCCAAUUGGCGGCCAAGGUCAUCCAGCAGUCGCAGAUCGUCUGUUUCGAUGUGGAUUCCACGGUGAUUUGUGAGGAAGGCAUCGACGAGCUGGCCGAAUAUUGCGGCAAGGGAAGCGAGGUGGCACGUGUCACAAAGGAGGCGAUGGGUGGCGCCAUGACCUUUCAGGAUGCCCUCAAAAUAAGAUUGAAUAUCAUACGGCCCACUCAACAGCAAGUAAGGGAUUUUAUCCAUGAACGACCCAGUACACUGAGCAAAAAUGUGAAGCGUUUCGUGGCCCACUUAAAGGCGGAGGGCAAGCAGGUGUACUUGAUCUCCGGCGGAUUCGAUUGCCUCAUAGCUCCAGUGGCCAACGAACUGGGAAUUCCCCUCAACAAUGUCUAUGCCAACAAGAUGCUGUUCGAUUAUUUGGGCGAAUACGAUAGCUUUGACAUUACUCAGCCCACUUCGCGUUCCGGAGGAAAAGCAGAAGCCAUCGCCCUGAUAAAGAAGGAGAAUAGUGAGGGUUCUAUCAUCACAAUGAUCGGCGAUGGAGCCACCGAUCUGGAGGCCGUGCCGCCAGCCAACUAUUUUAUUGGUUUUGGUGGCAAUGUCGUUCGACCAGAGGUCUAUCGCCGGGCCCAGUAUUACGUAACGGACUUUGAGCAGCUGAUGGGGCAAUGAGAUAUAACGACAGCGGUGGAGUGGCGAAUUUAGUAUUUGAAAUCAACGUGUUAUAGCUCUUAGUGAUGCACAUGCUAUAGUCAAAGUAUGAGAAUGUGUAUAAUAUAUGUACUAUAGUUUGUAAUUAAAUAACAAUAAAAAGCGAUAGUAAAAAUAAUGGAAAACGAAUGAGUGAAAUCGCACGAGGUGAAUUUGUUACAGAAAAUGUUAGCCGUGCGCUGUUAAUGACGCAGCACAAGUUGUAAAAAUACAGGGUGUGCCAUAAUCUAAGCAAUUUUUAUCGUAAAAACAAAAUUUAAGUUUUUAAGAAUUAGCAAAUAUUUAGAAUGAAAAAAUUUCAAGCAAAUAAAAUAUAUAUAAAAUAGUUUUAUUGUUUUUUGGUGAAUGAAGUAUUGUUUUUUAUUUAAAGGGAUUAAAAAAAUUAAAAAAGUUUUUAAAGAACUAUCAAAAAAGUUUUAUUUCGAUUUUAAAUGUUUCAUUUAAAAAUGUUAGUGUUAUGGCAACACAACAAAUAAGUCAUAAAAUAGAACAAAAUAAAAAAGGUUACAUGUAGAAAAAAAAAA